AUGGUAAAAUCGAGAAUGAUGAGAGCAGACGGAGCCUGCGUUACACUGAUGGGGCGUUUGAGUUUGGAAUAUGUAGUAGGGAUUGGUUCUCAGCUUAAAAUGCAGCAAAGUAGAUCCGAACCGGACUUGAAGAUACGCUUUUGCAGUAUGAGCGGUAUUAUAUCAGGGCGUGCGAGAGUCGUAUUUUCAAGUUCGGAAUUCUUGCAUUUAUCUAAAGGUGGUCUAGAUGGUAAAAUUGUUGCUUAUCGGGAUUCUUGGUUAACAAGCAGUUUUGAAAUGCAAGACUGGGUCACCUUUAAGGCGAAAGCGUGUGAACCGGAGGGUACUCAUGUUUCUUAUGGUGUAAGGUAUAGAGCUUUACCGAAGUCUGUCAAGUUUGAAGCUAAAGGGAAAAUUGUUGAUGGUAUUGGUACUUUGUUAAAGGUCGAUGAAGCUCAGGGUCAAUAUGGUUUUAUAAAGGCUAAUGAUGGGUCUACCGUUUAUUUUACUGCUAGUGUUGUGAGGCCGGAAACUAAGGAUAUUCGAAGCGUAUUUAAAACUGGAGUUCAAAUUCGAUAUAGGGCUACUGAACAGAAACAAAAUACUGUACAGUGGAGGGCAAUUGCCGUGUGUGGAAAAAAUGCUAGUAUAGAUAGUCUUACUGGCCGUCAGCCGAAAUCAAAUGUGUCCAAUAAUCCUAAUAGGACGGUUGUGGGUCUGGCACUGAAAAAGCCUGUGAAGGCGGCAGCGGAUUCGAGGAUGUCUGUGUCGCCAUCUGUAGAUGGUGUAACUGCGGUCAAAACUGCAAAUAAUGAUAGUAAUAACAAUAAAAAUACAUCUGUGAGUCCUCGCUCUUUACAAAGUCCUUCUCUGACUUCGUCUGAUUCGGCCUUGUCCAAUGGGCGCUCUGCUCCUUUAUCUUCUACUAGUCCGAAAGCUAACGAUUUGCGACCCAGCCCAGUGUUUAACAUGGACUCACUUGAUUCUUCAAUGCCUCAAGCUCCAUCACCGUUUUCUUCUGCUCCAUUUUCUUCCUCUUCACAUCCAUCUCUUUCGUUCCCUGUUUUACUUCCAACAAGUCGAUUUGACAUGCAGAAUCCGGAUUUUCCAUCAACUGGUAAUUCUUAUGAAGAUGCGGUAAUUCGAUUGACUUACUUUGCGAACAGUUUGACUGAUAAUGUUUGUGAGCUUGGCUUUUUCUGUGAAAUGCCGAUUGAGGUCACUGCAGUUAUAGAUCGGGAGUCAGCAGUUUAUUUGGCUGGCGAGGCUAUUCACUGCAAGGUAAUUGUUAAAAAUAAUGGAAAAAAUGAGGAAGAACCGUUAGCGUGGGGUAGUGUGCAUGUGCAGUGCGAAAGAAUAAUAAACACUGGUGCUCAUGAUGAACUUGCUAAAAAGACCUCUCAUGGAGAGAAACAGAGAAAGCAGUCUACUUCUAUGGCCCGUUCUGCAUUUACUGUGUUUUCCUGCAGACCUGUAGUGCUUUUUUGUGAACUAAAACUGGGUCCUGGUGAACGGCGUGAAUUUGAAUGCGUACAACAGUUGCCAAGUGAUGGUAUUCCCCCUUCGUUCAAAGGUUUCUUAGUGAGAUAUGUUUACAAGCUUACUCUUGGUGUUCAACACCUGAAGUCUCCAAUUAAGCUGAUAAAUAUCCCACUUCGCGUUAUUCAGUCAGAUUUAGGCCUGUUGCAACCCCUAACGUCGAGUAAUUCAAAUCCAUUUAUAGCAAAUGAAAAAGUUGGACCCUCGGUAAUUGAUUUGAUGACGGAAGCAGCCGACUGCUUAACUGCCCCGCAAGGGAGCUACAGUUAUUGCAUGACCAACCAUAAAGGAAAGAUUGCAAAUUUUGUUUUGUACAAAAAAGCUUUCAAACUUGGCGAAGAUGUUAUUGGAAGAUUCGUAUUCACAGGCUGUCAAGUUCCAUGCAUUCAGUUCACGGUGAGUGUCCAGACAGUAGAGUCUUUGAGUGACGAUAUAAAUUCGAGAAAGUACACAUGUACGUAUAUGACUGAACAUGUAGUGUGUGCAUAUUGGAAAGAUGCUCUUGUGAAAUUGAAUAUUCCUCUUUCAGCAACGCCGACAUUCCAUACUGAAACUGUUCAACUAAAGUGGCGCUUACACUUUGAACUUGUGACGAGUGAUUGUCUGGUAGAGUGUGUCGAUGAUGGUCUAACGGAAGCUCCCGAAAACCUCGACAUUGAGACAAUGACAUGGGACCUCGAUAUUAAGGUUUUCCCGUGCAGCCCAUACAAUGCCGCUCUAACUAGUAGUGGGAUUUCUUCAACCGCUUCCCUUAUCGUCUAG